AUGAUUAUCGAAACAAACUUGUAUUUUAUAUCACUAGAAUUAGAUUUAAUUGUUUUUUCUAAUGAACUUGAAGAAGGUCCACAAAGUGAAACAACAACUAGUGAAAUCAAUCGUUUAAAACAACGUCAAGUAAAUCAAAAGAUCAAAAUUCGUGUAACUGGAUUAAAAGCUGAAAAAGUAGCAGAUGAUCGUGAUGCAAUACUUGCAAAAGAUUGUCGUCUGCAUAAUAAAUGUGGUACAAUUCUUAUUCUCGGUCUUACAAAUUCAGGCAAAAAAACGUUGCUAAAUACAUUAAAAGAAAAUAAAUUCGAUAAAUAUACAUCAAAUUUAUCUUGUGAUUUUGAAGAAUUAAUCAUCGGCAAAAUGAAAUUUACAAUUAUUGAUUUAGAUCAUGGUGGUCGUUUAUGGAAAGAUCAUAUUCCAAGUGCUGAUGCAAUUAUCUUUCUUGUUGAUUCAACUGAUUCAAUUCGUUUUCAUAAAGCAAAAGAAGCAUUUGAUCUUUUAUUAAAUGAUAAACAAAUUUUAAAUAAACCAUUGGUUAUUAUUGGAACAGAAAGUGAUUUACCAACAGGUCUUCAUGAAGAGGAUCUUUCAGAAGAACUUGGAGUAACAUACAAUACAUCAAAACAAGCUACUUAUGGUCAUUUAAGUAAUUUAAAAUUGUAUUUGUCAAACAUGAAAGAUAUGGCUAGUUUUCGCUGUGCAUUUCGCUUUAUUUCGACAUUUCUUAAAGAGACAUAA